AUGGUAAAUUGUCAGCUAAGCAUGGUUAUGUUUUCCUUUUGCUUUUAUCACUUGAGUUUCCUUGUGCUAAGGGGUAGCUCUACGAAGCCAGAUGUGCGCGUAGUUCUGCUUUAUCCACUUAGUUCUUGUGAUCAAUUAAUUACGGAAGUACCGUUCAACUCAGCCUUUGAUGUAGCAGCUAAGGCGAUCAACAGUUCGCAAGACUUUAGUUUUACAAUGUCGAUUGAAUCGCACGACACCCGAUGUAGUGAGUUGGUUGGAAUCAAGGCAAUGACGCAGCAAUGGAAUAGCGGAGUACAUGCCUUCAUUGGACCGGGUAAUGACAGUUUUUGUGCAACAUCAGCCAGGAUCGCAGCUUCUUGGAAUCUUCCUCUCAUUUCUUACGUAAGUGCUUGUCGUUUUGUGUUAUCACAAGGUAACAAAGAACUUAUUCUACCUCAAAGGUUACUCAGUAAGCGAAUGCAUGCUUGACAAUCGGCUGUCAUCAGAUUUUGAAUGGUUUAUACUAUAUACAAGCUGAAGUCAGCCCAUUCCUGAGUCAAUUCCUAGUGAUUUCAAAAUGAUAGCUGGAGCCACCAUACUCGCUAUUCUCACAAAGCUCAUAACGCAGGGUCAGGCAUGCGAGAAACCCUUUUUAGUACGGUAUAGCAUGAUGACGCUCAUUUUCAUGUUCAGCUUUGCAUGUCGUCGAACUGGUUCCAAAAUAAAGCUCUGGUCUCGCUUGGUUUCUGGCUAAUUUCGAACCUAAUAGAAGUUUGAUACGACGAAACACAAGGGCCACCACUUUCGUCUUUCCGCGACAGGACGUUUUCAGUAUGGUUAUUAAAUACGGUAUCUCGAUCCAGCCAUUAAUUAGGCUGCCGGUCUAGUGUUUGAUACCCUUGGAUAAAGUGUAUUCAUUAAAGCUAUAUGUAUUUUGUGACUGUAUCUUUUUAAUUUGUAAUUCAAGUCGUUUUUGAGUAAAUAUAACUGAAGAGGGCCACGUCUUCAGGAAAGCGAUUUAUUUAACAACAUACUUGACCAAAGAAACACAGUUCUAUGCCUGUCGGGCGGCUUAAUUUCUUUAUUGCGAACAUUUUCAGUCUUUUUAAACUCUACUGAACCUUGCUUUAAUUUAGAAGAAAGAAAGGUUUUUUGGCCUGAUAUAUGGUGAAAGCAACACCCGAACUGUAAUAAGUUAGUGGAAAAACCUUUAAGUUAGGCGAUAUCGUAUCAAAACUUCUCUUGUACAGUACUAGUAAAGAGAGUAAUUAGGGAUAAAAAGGCAGAAAAGGGAGUAAUUAGGACUGGGAAACUAUACGAACACGUUCUGUACCGUUGAACAAGUAAAAUUAAACUGAAAUGAAAAUUCUUCGAGUAGGUUGCGUACUAUAACCUGUCAGAAGGAGAGGUUGCAUCAAAUUACAGGGAAAGAAAAGAGAAGAUGGCAAAACAAAAGGCAAAACGAAUCUAAAGACCUGGAUCUGGCACUCAGGGUCAACAUUUAAUGACAGAGCAACUAAAAAUGAUAGGCAGCUUGUUAUUUGCUUCUUCCCAUCAUUUCUAGUUCAGUAAUUCUUGCCAUAAUCUGACGACACAGGAAAAUGACGGUUCUCUUAUGAGCUCAACAUAGUACCAUAUAAUGUAUGAAAUUAACACUCAUGACCUCUCAAAGAAGAAUCGGUUCUCGUAAUAUGUAGAGAAAGAAGAAAAAGACUGUUAUUUGUUUGCCAAACAAAAUUGUCAGUUGUGAAUUCAAAAACGUGUUUGGUGCUUAAGUACCGUAACAAUAAGUACAUCACCAGUACGAAGUAAAAACAAGAGAAGGUAAUCUUCUCCUAGUUAUAACUAAUUAGCAUUGCAUAAAAAAGAAAGCUGCAAGCCAAUAGCCGGCCAACCGGGAAAAGGAGGGCUGCUUGACAAAAUGCAUACCCCCGCUGAAGUCUCAUUCACAUGACUGCGAGCUUGUGCAGUCUCCUAUCUUUCUUCAGUUUCGCAGUUCACAGCAGGUAAGAGAGCACGCUAAUACUAACGCCAUCUAUCGGGCGACCUUGCUACCCAGCUAACGUUUUAUUAUUCAAUUUCUGCUUUAGUUCUGUGACGAAGAUGUCGUAUCAGACAAGAGACUCUACCCAACAUUUGCGAGGACAAGGCCUCCCAACUCACAGUUGAGCAAGAGUGUCCUGGCGGUGUUAAACAGAUUUUCGUGGAAAGUUGUCGCCAUAUUGUAUUGUUCCAAAGAGAACUGUUUCGGUCAGCAGUCAUGGGAGAAAACCAAGGAUGAUAUGAGCAAAGUGUUCAAAGACAACAAAAUUCAUGUUUCUUAUGAAGCUAAAAUCACGCCUUGGGAACAUGAGUUUGAGGAGAUUGAUCGAGUGUUGGAGGAUAUCAAAACAAAGGCUCGCGGUGAGUAUAAAUGUUUUCUACAAUCGCCAGUGAAACAGAUACGAUUGUUCUUAUGACAAGGCUAUUAAAAGCAGCGUUUAAACGUUUAUCGUAUUAGUCAAUAUAGUAUUCAUUUGGUUAUUCCUCUGAUACACACGGAGACAUUUACAGAGCUCGGGCAAGGCAGCACUUGAGGCGUUCGGUUCCAAGGGCAAGAAGAAAAAGAAUAAACAACUGUUUCUUUUUCGGCCGGACGUCCUUGAAAGUUUUUAGUUUAUUUCGUUUUAAGGCUAUACUUCUGUUUUGAGCUUCUGCCAGUUUUUUCCAAUAAGUUAUAUUCGUUUUCAGUAACUAUCUACAAGAGAACUACUUCAGGGACAUAAGUGUCGAUCGAAAGACUCACUGUUAAAUGAAUAAAGGGAUGACUAAGUCAAUAGAACUUCUAUUUGCCAGUUGAGCUGGCACUGCGUCAGUUGGAAAGAGUGAAUUAAACUCGCAAUGAUGUCAGUACUCUUGUCUUACAACGUCAGUGAUGCGCUGACGAAGCUAAUGUUUUAAUGGCAGCUAGCUUGUGACUAAAGCCGUCUCUGCCCGCUUCUCGCCGCUAGAGACGUUUCGCGGGAGAGAAAUUAUGGGCUUUAAGAUCCGAAGACGAGACGGCAGCGAAAACGUAGCUUAAAAAGUGAAUUUGCGUUUUUUUAGCCUUCAUCGCGACUAUUCCUAACCACUUACAAUCAAUUUUCAAAAUGCAGGCGAACCCUCCUGGAGCUGAAUUUCUAAGAACCUUGCCCUGUUUCAGAGAGAGAAAUGAAAUUUCGACGUCGCUUCGGCGCUUCUUUACGUCCCCAUAAAACGUUCAAGUAGGCAUUUUCACGUCGUAGUGGUGCACAAACGGCAACGAAAUGUACAAACAAGCGUGAUGCGCGUGUAAAGUUGUUGUUUUGCUUAUCAUGAAUUAAAACCUAUUGCUUUUUUUGACGUUCUCGUUGCCGUUGCGUCGUUGUAUCUCAAAGUCCUAGCGGCGAGGGGCAAAGAGAGAUGGCUCUAUUCACAGCUAAACACCAAUUUCUUCUAUAAGGGGGCGUUCGAUUGAUCUUAUUUCAGAAAAAGAAUGCAUGGGACAGCAUACUCUAAAAUGGACUUGUUUGGCUUCAUUGUAUGAUACAGUCCAGAAAUCUAGUAGACAUAAAAAAUUAAGAUGAUUGUAGCAUUCAAAUUGUCAAAAACUGAAUGUGUGGUUGGAGAGGUUUGUCAACAUUUUCUGUGUAUUCUUAUUAACUCAGAAAUGCGAUCAAUCGUAAAGCACCCUAAAAUUUUCGUCGAAAAACUUUAAGUUACUCGUGUGCAAUUUACAAUUCCACUGUUAGUCCCAACUCUCUUCUUUCCUUUCAGUCGUCAUACUAGCCACAAAUCCAGAGAAUACACCAUUUUUUAUGACACGCGCAAGAAAAAAAGGCAUGACCAACGGUGAUUACGUGUAUAUCAUGAGCACACUUUCUGACGUUCAGGAUCAGGGUACGGAUUACUGGUUGCAGGGAAAGGGCGGAAUAGUGAAUGAAAAUGAAUCAAAAAAAGCCUUGCAGUCGGUUCUUGCACUAGUUCCAAAGCCAUUCAACCUCACUAAGUACAAUGAGUUUAAAAGGCGACUCAAUGGUGAAGCAAAUGACGUAAACUAUACCCUAGAGAGUGUAAGUAUAGAAUCACUUUGAUUUUCAAUGUAUCUUCUUAAUUUCCUAAAAGCCAUGUAUCUAAAUCUAAAACUUCAGCGGGUCGUGAAGGGGUAAAUUGGGAACUGGGAUUUACCUUUAUUUGUACGAAGUAAAUGGGAUUUACUUCACUGGGGCUGGGAUUUAACCACUGGGAAAGAAAGGGAUAAACAAUUUCUCAAACUGGGAAAAGAAUUUCUCUACUUUCACGAUCUUCGACUAUAUUAUUUGACACGAUUACUCCAUCAAAUGUGCCUAUUUUUUGCAAUAAAAGAAAUAACAAUCUGUAUCAACAGACCUCAGUAGACAUGUGAGAUUAUUUCAGUUUUUUCCUUUGCACCUAACCCUCGCCGCAACCCAGCCUCAUCAAGCUCGUCCCUGGGUACUCUUCUUUUCCAAUAUGGCUGCGGCAGGAAAGAAGCCACCAUCAGUUCGAAAACGAGAAGACCCUUGUGACGAGGGUGGUUGUCGGGGAAUGACACGCCCGCGUUGGCACGUGACAGAGAUCAAAAUGGCGCUCGAUUUGGGAUGUGUUCCACCCGAGGUCUCCUCACAGCUCCGGAUCUGAUAAACUUUCACACAAACUCAUUCAAAUAUCAGUCCAAAGAAUGUUAUCUGCGGCGCACGUAAACAAAACCUACCUGGGGCGUGUUUCUAAAACGUUCCGGUAACUUUUCGGGCCCGUAAAGCUGUUUUGUGUUUGUUGUGUUUGCAUUCAGCAAAAGCAAAGCAAAGUUUCAAUCAUUCUGAGAAUAAUAAAAUGAAACUAUCAGUUGACGAAGCAAACUUGACUGGUUUGUGGGCUAGAACUGAGCUUACUAUUCAACCGGUUUGGAUUUUGAAAUUUGCCUUGGGGCCCGAAAAGUUUCCGGGCCUUUCGAGAAACGGGCCCCUGGUUUGAUUGAUGGAUUGAUCGCACAUUAAUCAACACUACCAGCACCGCACCAAUCAGAAGCUGCGUUCCUCCCCCUUCAUUCCUCUGUUAUGCUGUUGUCCCAACUUUCUUGACAAACUCGGGUGGAAACGCUUGCUAUGCAAACUACCUCCGAAGGUUCUCGCCUGCACUGAUCAACGAGACGAUUACAGCAGUAGUGAAAGUAAAGACAGUGAUUUGUAUGAGGACGGUGCAAAUGACAGAAGUGGUUUUAAUAUGGUUAUGCCAACAAAGGUUGGAAGGCAGAGAGUGUUCAACAGCAGAGGUACAUUAUCCAAACGGUAUCACAAUGCUUUUACUUCAUUAUGUGCAUCAUGCAGUUCGUAAACGAGCACUGGAAAUGGGAUUUCAGAUUUGGUUACUGGGAUUCGUUCCAAAAAUUAAUUUGGCUGGGAACUGUGAUCUGGACCAAACUUGGGUAGGAACUGGGAUUUGUUAUCCCCCUUCAGGUUAAAUAAUAUUCAUUUAUUUCGACUCCUGUUGGAAGUUUUCGGAUCAUUUUCCUAGCCGCCUGUGUCACUGACUGAGGAGACAGCUUUCUCACGUAACCAUCAUAUUUGAAAUUCACCAUCACGUCUUUUUCACUCAUUGCGCAUGCGCAUAAGUACAUAUCGACAUUCCACUACUAGCAGUAUGCAGGAUGUGAAAGGUUUGAAGCCAGGAGUCAUUUAGUAGGUUGAGUUUGAUUGUCCGAGUGUUUUUCACAUGAAUCUAGUUUAGUGGCCUUAGCUCCCACAAGUCUCCUGUGGCUCAGUGGUAGAGCAUCUGGGCUAGAAUCAGAAGGCCAUAGGUUCCACUCCUGUUGGGAGUACUCGCGGAAUUUUUCUUCCGAGCCACCUGUGUCACUAAAAGAUUUCUCGUUCAUCCUAAAUCUAAUAACUGCUUUUAAUCUUGUAGGUAUGGCAUUAUGCCACUUAUCUGUAUGACGCGGUCUUUUUAUACGCGUUGGCGCUUAAUAAAACCCUUUCAAAUGGCAAAGACCCACGUGACGGAACUGCAGUAUUUCACAAUUUGAAACAAACUAGUUUUGAAAGUAAGUCUGUUAUCUCAGAAUGAAUAAUAAUGAAAUAUUUUUCCUUGUUAUUUGCAUAUGUUAUUUAUACUGUAAGUAGUAUGGUUUAUAAAACUCGAUCUUAACAGGCUACAAUAGCGGUAGAUCAGUGGCUGGAGCAUCCUAACUAGAACUCGGAGGGUCGUGAGUUCGUGUCUUACCUAGAGCUCGGAAUGUUUUCUGAGUUUUCUGGUGUUAGAUUUCUCCUGUCUUUUUUCUUGGGUCGCAACAGAAACAAGGACUAAGAUUUGUUUCCGUGUUAUUAACACAAAAAAACUCCAAGAUCCUCACAAGACAACGUUCAAAACGAACUCGAUGUGGCCGCCCAAAAUUCGAUCACCAUAGAGAUAAAAACUGCACCUGCAGUUUACCUCCUUACCGAAGUUGUAUAGAGUAUUUUAGGAAUUUUUUGUAGGAAACAAAUGGCAGUCUACCCGACAUCAGUCCUUUUUCGAGCUAUACAUGUAAGGGGGAGCUACUUGUGAUCUGCACGAACGCGCGUAGUAACCAAGUCCAUGAUACUGGUGCAAUCAUUGUUAAUACAGUCAUGUAGUAAGGAUGAAUUCGAGAAAUUGUGAGCUCUUAUGUCCUUUCUUGAUCGUUUGCAAGGAAAUGGAUUCCUUGUAACUCUUUUAAUAUCUCACUAGGUGUCACCGGAUUUUAUGUUCAUGUCGAUGAUAACGGGGACUCAGAGUUCAACAUGACACUUCUUGAUUUUGUUCAAACGGCGGAUGGCGAGCUAGGUGAGUUCUGUUUGAGCUUGAAAAAUUUAUAUAAAGCUGGUAAUCUCUAAUGUACAAAAAAGUACGUCAGUCAGUCUCUGUUCAGCAAACUACAGUGGCGUCAUGAUACAAGUUGUAUCUUGGCCAAGGCAAGUCUGUCUAAAGGGGAUUGAAUUGUUGUUGAAAAGUUGAACGUUUUUGGCGUUCAAUCAUCCCUCAUUUAUCCUGCUCCUCGCCACCUUACAAAUUCAGAGAUGUUUUGCCCUUGAUCAGGUUGCGCACAAUCUUAAACUCUUUAAACCAACCGACAGUCAUCUGUGACUGUGGUAUUAAUAGUUUGUGGUGGUCGGUAACCUUGCCAAGCGAUUUACGACUGAUCGUUGAAUAGUUCUUUAUUUUAGAAUGGAAUAAUUCUUUUAAAACAAGGUAAAAUAAAAAUUAUAAAUUAUAAAAUUAAAUUAUAAAUAACGUAAACGUCCUAAACAAAAUUCAAAACUAACUAAAGCUAAUAUAACUUUCAUCCUCUUUUCAUGAAAACCGUGUAUCUUUAUUACGAAAAAAUAAGAUUAACUAAUAUACAGGUUUUAUAGCAGAUUUACAGCAGAAUUUCCUUCUAGGCAUGGCAGACUGCCACUUAAGGCUAAAUUAUCUUUACUAAACCAGAUCACUAGUUUGAGGAUUCACACAGUUCAGAUGGUGUGUCUGCCACAGGCUGUCAAGAGCCGAUUGCCAAUCGACUCCUGACGCCGUGUAUCACGCAUAUCCCAUAAGGAAUUGUGGCGAAUGAGAGUUCAUGUCAACACUACCCUGAAAUAAAAGCUUUAGGGCCUCCAACAAAAGAGCUUAUUAUCCAUAUACAGGUUUGGGUCACUCAUCCUCUUAUAUGUUUCCUUAGAAACGAAAACAGUUGGUGAGUUUAAGCUAAAUCAGUCAGGGAAGCAAAUUCUGGAAUUAAUACCAGGGAUUAAUAUCACGUGGUCUGAGGGUGGUCAGCAGACAACUCCACCAGGAGAUACGCCACCUUGUGGAUUUAAUUUGGAGUUUUGCCAAACACCAUCACCAAGUAAGUGCCGCCGAGACAAUUGUAUUUGUCUUUUUUAACAAAAGGCUGAAUUCACACAUAAUCAUGCAACAACAGUGCGAGCUAUCGAAAAACGAAAACGAACAUAUACUUCUUACAGACACGUUACGUGAGACGUUACAAGACGUACAUGCAGUAUUUCCACAUGCGACUGGGGGAUCUUGCAUUCGAAUGCGAGAAUAGGCAAGCUUUUUACCGGUUUGCAAACUUGUUAGAACGAUGCAAAAUUCGUUUCAAGUGGUUUCAAAACACCAGACAGUCUCUAACUUCACUGUGUUUUAAUGCCAGUGUUCUGGCUUGAUCUUUUUUUAUUUCUUUUUUUGUUGUUGUUGUUGUUGGCUUAAUUGUACUAACUAUCUUCCCAGGUCCUACCACGUCCACUGACAAAGUGUACAUCAUAAUCUCUGUCAUCGGUUCUGCCCUUGUCAUCGUUUGCACAGCCUUACUCGUCUUCUAUGGCAGGUAACAUCUAGCUGCCAUCUCUUUUUUUACUCCGACCGAUUUUGCUAAAGAAGUUAAUAAGGUCAUUUUCCCUUUUAAGCCUGAUAAAAUCAAAAGAAACACACUGACAGCCCCAAUCUCCAAAGGUGGUCUUAACAUGGUCAAUUUCGCGGAUGUAGAAAAAUCUCUUAAAGCUGCCUGGGUAAAUCGCUAUUGUUCAUCGGAUGGUCAUCAUUGGUGUGCGCUUCUUGACUCUCAUCUUGAAAAAUUCGGUGGCUCUUUUUUGUUUCAGUGUAAUUACGAUUUGAAAUUCUUAGAUCUAGAAGGUCUCCCCCUCUUUUAUAGGAACAUUUUAACGGUCUGGCAGAUCCUUCAUUCCAAGGUACCCCUUAGUGUUAAUGAAAUUAAAGAGGAAAUACUUUGGAAUAACCGCUUUAUUAAGAUCGGCGGAAAGACGGUUUUUUAUAAAGCAUGGGUUAGUAAAGGCAUUUUAAGAAUCAAAGAUAUCCUCAAUGUUCACGAUAACUUCCUAUCUUUCCAAGAGCUUAAAGAUACUUUUCACAUUCGUGGUACCUUUCUUGAUUACGGUGGUCUUCUGGUCGCGAUUCCUAAAGAUUGGGAAAAUGCUAUCUUACAUGGCAAUCAGGAACACACCAACGAACCGAAGGUGACACAACUAAGCGUUGGAAAUGUUUCAUCAAAAUAUGCUCGACUAAUGUUUGCUGAGAAAUCUUUCUGCCCUCCAUUAACUGAAUCCUAUUUACGAGAACAAACAUUCACUCCUAGUGCCGUGUAUGAGCUUUCAUUCAAAAUCACCAUUGAAAAUCAGCUAAGAAGUUUUCAAUUCAAACUCAUCCACAAUAUUCUUCCGACCAACCAACGCCUUUGGAAAAUGAAUGUCAAAUCUUCGCCAAAAUGCGAACAAUGUGAUGCUCCUUGUGAAACUAUUAGCCAUAUGUUUUACGAGUGUCCUGCGGUAAAAAGUUUUUGGGAAAAAGUUAUAGACUGGUGGAAUCGUAAACGUUCUGAAAACAUAAAUCCCAAUCCAACAGAAGUUCUUUAUGGAUACAAACCUGAAUCUAACGGCUUUCAUACUUUUAACCAUUAUCUCUUAAUUGCUAGAUAUUACGUUUACUUGGCUAGAAACAAGUUUGAGACCCCAGAGCUGGAAGUUUUCAUUGUUCUCCUGGAAAUUAAAAUCCAGUGCGAAAGAGAAAUUGCAAUGACAAAAGGAAAUCUUAACAAAUACAGAAAUAAGUGGACCACGCUGUGCAUUUCUGAUUAGUGUUGGAUUUAUAGUAAUUUAGCAAACAUUUUUCUAUUUGUUCUGCUUGUUGUCGUUAAUCUGUUGAACCUUCGUAUUUCGCUUUAUUUGGCUUGUUUGUUUAUUUAUUUAUUUAUUUUACUGUUUCGCCUCCUUUUUAUUUGCCGCCCUGUUAUUGUAAAGUUUAUUGUAAUGUUAUGUUAAAUGAUGUUUAAUAAAUAAAUUAUUUUUUAAAAACAAAUCUCUUUUUUUACCACAGCAAAAAGAAAAAAAAACGAUCCACCUAUGAUCUUUUAGGGUUUGGAAGACAGGAUGGUUUCAAAAUUUUAUUGCAACUGUACUUCGAAUUACAACGGGCCUUUAUGCACAUAUAAGCAUCUCGUCUGUUUAAGAUUGAAAUGUAUUUUAUGCCAUUCUAGUAAUAAUAACAACAACAAUAAUAAUAGUAACAGGUAGUAGCACUUUUAACCUUUUUUGCCAGCGAGUAUGGCUCUGCCAUAGGAACUCACGCUGAGCUCCUUUUUGGCUCCAAAUUCUUGACUUCUUCGAACCAACCAAAUGCUAAAAGGAGAGGGGCACAGAACGGAUGAAAAAAAAAUCCAAAGCUUAACAGCCAGAGUUCAUGCACAUGUAAGCGUUCCUUAAAUAGUCCGAAAUAUCGUUAAGGGAUACCGCUUUCAAAGCAGUCUUAUCCCCUGCUAUUGACGGUUUGUCGUUUCACAAUUUCGGCUCUCUCUCCUAGCCCCUUUAAAAUUUUAAUCAUUCCUCGAUAUCUUAGCUAUAGCCGACUUAUCUCAAAACAUAGCUUUUAAUUUUAAUUUUAUUUAACGAUUAGGAAAUACACAUUUGAGAAAGAACUUGGGAAUCAAAUAUGGAGAGUGAACUAUAAUGAUAUUGUCAUUGGUUCUAAUGCUGGCCUUUCAAGAACAACGUCAAGAAUUUCAGACGUGAGUGAGGUCAGUAAGCCAGACAGUAAAUUUACAAGAUAUUAACUGAAUAAUCUCUCUCGCACUUACUGGGAGAGAGCUGUAGUCUAAGAAGGCUUUUAAAAUAUGGACCCUUAAUUAAAUUAGAGUAUAUUAGGCUACUUAAGGUUAUUGGCACUGAAACGUGUACUUUUAGUUUACACAGGUGAGCAGAACUCGGCGCGGUACAUUGGGAACGUAUAAGGUAAAUUAAAGUCAACAUUUUUCAUAGUUAAACUAUUCAUAUCCUUAGGAGCCUUUACACCGAAUGAAAUUUUCGUAAUAUUCUCUUUUCAGGGCUUCAACGGGAUUCGAACCCGUGACCUCCGCAUUACCGGUGCGUUGCUCUACCAACUGAGCUAUGUAGCCAUACACGUUGGGAGCGAGGUCGAUUUAUUGAGUUCAUAUCUCCCGUGAGGAGUGAAAUGAUGUGAAUUAUAUAUGAAAUAAUUCAUUUUUGAACUGCGGUUGUAAAUGAAAGUGAAGAAUGAUCAUCGCAGUAAAUUUUCCAAUUUAAGCAAUUGGAAAGAAGAAGCCUGAAAAAAAUCAGGGCUUCAACGGGAUUCGAACCCGUGACAUCCGCGUUAUCGGUGCGUUGCUCUACCAACUGAGCUACGAAGCCACACACAUUGGGAGCGAGGUCAUUUUAUUGAGUUCAUAUCUCCCGCAGUUCAAAAAUGAAUUAUUUCAUAUAUACUUCACAUCAUUUCACUCCUCCUCGCUUUCCAGUCCCUUAAAAAGCCCACGACGCAGGAAAAUUCCGCGUGAAGUGUUGGAUAGAUAUCAUCUGCACCUGACAGUUGACCAUUUUGUAACAGGUCAUUUAGAAAGUAGAGUGAUUUGAUAGUCAAUUUUGUUGUUUUUAGGGAAAUCAGGUGGUUAUCAAGCGAAUCGAGAAAGAUAACAUCGAUUUAACGAGAACUGUGCUCCUGGAAUUGAAACAGGUCAGCCAAAAUACCCUUUCUCUGAUACCUAGGGUCAAUUAAGUAAAUAAAACACAAGACAGUGUACGUAAUUCAUAGGUUUAGCGAUUUUUUAUAGAAUCUAAAAACAUUCGCUCUACUUGCAAAUUAAAAAAUUGACAUACCCCAGCGUGAUAUUUCCAAAAUCAAUAAUCACAGCAAAAAUAUUGAUGACAUCGUUCCGUGUAUCCUGUUUCACAGAUUCGUGACGUGCAUCACCCAAAUUUGACCAGGUUCUUUGGUGCAUGUGUGGACGCUCCAAACAUUUGCAUUAUCACUGAGUAUUGCUCAAGAGGAAGUUUACAGGUAAAUUAGGACCCAGUUCACACGGGUCCGGACAAAUUUUUGAACGGACGAAUUUUUUGUCAGUAUAAUCCAACCCGUUUACCCGGAACAGUUCAAAUUCUGUUACAAAAACUUGCACAAUUUGCCAUGCGUUCAAAAACUUGCACGGUUAAUGUUCUGCUGGAUCUAGUAUAAACGAAAGGCGGAUCCGUACAAGAUUUUGCCGGUUCAAAAAUUUGUCCGGAUCAGUGUAAACGGGGCCUAAUAUAACCUGAAUUUAAUAAAACGUUGUCUUUAAAAUGAAAUUUAUCAUGUUUAGGAUGUAAAUAACAUGGAUACAAGGGCACUUAAUAGUCGAACCACUUCAUCUUAUUUGUUUUUGUUUUUACUUUUGUAAGUCAUCUUCAAAAAUAACGAUGAUGAUGAUGAUGAUGGUGAUGCAAAUCUUGAAAUGUACAGAUACUUUGGGUAAAUAAAUUUCUUCAUCUUUUUUGUCCUUUUGCAGGAGAUCAUUUUGGAUGAAGAGAUUAAACUGGACAUAAUCUUCAUUAAUUCCUUUAUUCUGGAUAUCACAAUGGUAAAACAUACUACGUACUUCAGUUGUCGAUAUUUUCCUAGUUAACAGCUCAUCGAAGUUGAUACAUUCUAGAAUUUCUUAUCGUCCUUCCUGCUUUCCACUUCCUUCUUUGGCUUUACCUAAGGCAUGAGUUUCUUUGUACCUGUAAUGUCGUGCAGUACCCAUACAUGGCUCGGCCAGACGAUGACAAUAAUAAGAUCAUUGGUUAGUUCCGUCUGCAAUAGCCAUGUUUCACACCGAUCAUACGCCAAACGCACGGAUUGCUAGUGGCAGGCCGCCGCAUCAUCGACAUUGCGAAUAGUAGGAAAGACAAAGGCACUAGUGGUAACUUCAACGCCCCGGGCGGAGCAGACCUCAUAGGCCGGAUUAAUCAGCAAAACAACAACUCUGCAUGUGCAUCACGGCUUUUAGUACAUUCCAUCCCUGUUACUACAAGUUUACCAGGGGAAACGUUCAAAUACGACGUUUUAUACAGGACGUAAAUACACUAAGACCAAUUUUUCUUUCUUUUUUUCGUACUUGAAUACACCACCUAAUAACACAAUUCCAGGGAUAACAGCACACCAUUGACAAAUUGCAUGAGUGAGUUGGAAUAAUCAAGAUUAAGUUUCAAUGGAAGUGACCUGAUUGCUGAAGACCACCUAGAAGAUAAUUGAACAAGUAAUACUGAUGCGGACAAUGUUUAAUUACUGCGUGGUCUUAAAGAAAGAGCCAAAUGUCUCUUCUUCAACGGUGCAAUGUAAUAGCUCACUAAUGGGCAGAAUUGUGCAUUCUGUUUAUGAUUGAACUGUAAUACUCGACCCAUUCAUUAUGUGGAAGUUUCCCUUUUAACAUCUUCAGCUGAUAUGAAAACUGAAAUUGUUUUCCCUACAGGGAAUGGAAUAUCUACACAGUGUAGAUAUCAAGUAUCAUGGCCAUCUCAGCUCCUCCAAGUGCGUGGUGGAUAACCGCUGGAUGUUAAAGAUCACUGACUAUGGGCUCAGAGAGUUCAGGGCUCUAAGAGGUGACUCUAACUCACUUCCCAGGGGACACAACUAUCAAAUGGAUUACUCAAGUAUGCUUCAGUUUAGUGACGAUUGUCUAUGUUAAUUCUUGGUCAAACAGACAACAGAAACAGUCAUCACAAUAAUUGGAGUUACUGUUGCAAAAUCUCUAGAGAGAAUAAUCCUCGCUUGGAGGCAUCGAUCUGCAUAUGGCACUGAGGUCUUGAACUUGAGUCAACUUCGCAGGCAUCUCGACGUUAAAUACAGUGAAUGCCUCGGUUGCCGGUGACUUCUGUUCUCAUAUAGGAGGAGUAUCCUGGGUAGUACCAGUGCCUAUGUAGCAAGUAGCUCGUCGGCAUAUGAGAAACAGACCAUAAUCAGUCUAGAUCAUUCAUUAACUGUCGAUGAAAGGGUUUAUACAUACAUAAACGUAUAUUUUUCAAGUUGAGCUUUCCAGUUACAACACUGCACAAUCAAUGUGAUCUAUUAUUUCAGAAUUAUUGUGGACUGCUCCAGAAAUUUUACGUCAGACGGACAACAUUUUAAAAGGAACACCAAAAGGAGAUGUGUACAGCUUUGGAAUUAUAGUUCACGAGCUGGAAACUAGAGAUCUGCCAUUUGGAGCGUGCCAUCUUGUGCCAGAAGGUAAGCAAAAUAGGCAACUGUUAGAAUACUCGAUAACGAACGUAAUGAUGGCGAUGAUGAUAAGGAGGGAGGAAGAAAGAUGAUGAUUACGAUGGGUGACGAUAAAAAAUGAUUUUGGUGCAGAAGAUAGUGAUAAUGAUAAUGAUGAUGAUAACGAAUAUGAUGAUGAUGGCGGUGGCGGUGGUGGCGGUGAUGAUGAUGAUUAUGGAACAAUUAAAGGUUGAGUUGAAUAAAAUAAGGGCAUGUUGCCACUUAAAAUACUCAACAUGUACAAGCCUCUAUCAGGUUCAGCCUUGCCUUAAAAAAGCAGUAAACAGAGUUAAGCUACACGACCUAUGGUUUAUCGAGCAGUCUGAUCGAUAUAUUUGGUGAGACGUCUUGACAAAUUCUUUGUUGCUAUGUUUUUAAGAUGCAGAUUUUUGUAUUUCAUUGUAGAAAUAAUCGGACGUGUUUUAGCUGGUACAAAUCCUCCUUUUCGACCUCCACUUACCGCCAACGUGACAAAUGAAGAUCUUCACUUUAUAAUGAAACUGUGUUGGAAGGAAGACCCGAAAGACAGACCAGACUUUUUGGAGAUACGAAAGAUGCUGAGAAAACUCCACGGCAGAAAGUAAAUUCGAUUUCCUAUCUCUAACUAAUUCAUCGUUUUGACAUGACGUCACGGCGACCAUAUCGCUGCACCAAAACAACGAAACGGAGGUCAUUUUAGUUUACCAUGAAAAACACACCAUAAAACCGCCAGCUACGCAGGCUAACUAACGAAGUAUAGUGAUUGAACUUUUUUUUCAUGUAAAGACUUCAUUUUGUUGCAUGGAACGAUUUAUACAAAAGAUUCCAAUAAUGUGAGCAAAAACUGGCUGUGCCCUAAAGGACAGCAUUGAUAUGAAAAGUCCUUGAAUCAUGCCAAAUUCAUUCAAUGAGAACUUAGUUUUUUUGUAUUUUGUUUGGUUGUGUGUUUUUUUGACAAAUAAGAUUGAACAUCAUUGGAAGCUGUUGCCCCAGUUUUACAGACUUCUGGAUCUUAAAAGGGAGUCUACGAUAUCAUCUCUGGUUGCAUUGAAUUUUUAAAAACCGCAGUAAAAAAUUAACACAUGAAAACCUUCCAUAAUAAAAGCAGUGUCCAUGUUCCAACUCCAGAUUUUUUUUACAAGUACAUGUUAAGUACAUGUUAAAUGCAUAAAUGGACUACGCUCUAUAUUUUUGUUUUUUGCAAAAAACGAAACGAUGCUGGACUAACGAUGUAAUUCUAAAAUCACCUAAGGCCAAUUCGUCUAUGGGUAGCUCAGCAGCUUAACUCGCCACAGUGCAGUGCUUUUCUUGGACAGAUGUUUUAAACAGAGCUACUAUUUACCUAGGCGUAUAUUGGUAUGAGGAAACUCUUUACAGCUCAAGAUUAGAAGAACGUUAAUAAAGCAUAGAUUUUGGGAGAAAAAGAAACACCUUUUUACCUUUACACUAAGUAUGCCACGAGUAAAAGCUGAAUAGAUUUCACUUUUUGUAGAAAGACUUUUGUUAACAUUACAGUAGAUUCCCGAUAAUUCGAACCUUCAAGGGAAACAGAAAAAAGUUCGAGUUAUCGAGGGUAAAAUGAAAAUUGCUUCGAGUUAGCGAGAGGUUCGAGUUAUAGAGGGUUCAAGUUAUCGGGAGUCGACUGUAUUACCAUUUCUAUUAUGGCUGAUUUUAUUUCUUAGUGUUUUUAGUAUGAAGGUAUGAUAACGUAAAUACCUUUGCCACAUUCAACUUGUGGAUUCGUCACCCUUUAGGACCAAUCUCGUCGACAAAAUAAUUUACAUGUUAGAAGAGCAUUCUCACAACCUCGAAAAACUAGUAGAAAAGAGAACGGAGCAGUGGAUUGAGGAGAAGAAAAGAACUGAGGAAUUGCUACACAGUAUGCUACCAAAGUAAGCCCAUUCAUUUUUAUAUGCCUGUCAUUAAUCUAGUUGUAGUGGUAGUAGUGGUAUUGGUAGUGGAGGUGCUGCUGGUGGUGGUGGUGGUGGUGGUGGUGGUGGUGAUGGUGAUGGUGGUGGUGGUAGUGCUGGUGGUGAUAUGGUGAUGCUGGUGCCUGAUGCUGGUGGUGGCGAUGGUAGUGUUGAUGGUGAUGGUGAUUGUGAUGGUGGUGGUGAUAGUGAUGGUGCUGGUGUUGGUGGUGAUGAUGAUGGUAGUGGUGAUGGUGGUAGUUGUGUUGAUGGUGGUGGUGUUGGUUUUGGUGAUGGUGAUGGUAGUGUUGAUGGUGAUGGUGAUGGUGAUGGUGGUGGUGAUGAUGGUGGUGGUGUUGAUGGUGGUGAUGGUGAUGGUGAUGAUGAUGGUGAUGAUGGUGGUGGUGAUGAUGGUGGUGGUGUUGAUGGUGGUGAUGGUGAUGGUAGUAUUGAUGAUGAUGGUGAUGGUGGUGGUGGUGGUGGUGAUGGUAAUGGUGAUGGUGAUGGUGGUGGUGGUGGUGAUGGUAAUGGUGGUGGUGAUGGUAAAGGUGAUGGUGGUAGUGGUGGUGGCGAUGUUGGUGGUGAUAGUGGUGAUGACGAAGAUGGUGAUAGUGUUGAUGGUGUUGGUGGUGAUAGUGGUGAUGAUGAAGAUGGUGAUGGUGGUGGUGAUGGUGUUGGUGGUGAUAGUGGUGAUGAUGAAGAUGGUGAUGGUGGUGGCGUGUUAAUGGUAAUGUUGAUGAUGAUGGUGAUGGUGGUAGUGGUGGUGGUAGUGGUGGUGGAAGUUCUGGUGGUGAUAGUGAUUGUGGUGCUGAUCCCUGGGGGUGGAGGAGGUGAUGAUGGUGGUGGUGGUGGUAGCUAAAGUGAUAUAAAGCUGAAGGUGGUGGUCGAUAAGAUGGUGAUGGUGGUGGUGUUUUUAGUGAUAGUAGUAGUUACUGUAGCAGUUAGAGGAAGAAUUCAAAGAUGUGUCUUCACACUGAGAUCGCUCUCAAUUAUGUUUGUCAGGAGCGUCGCCGAUCAGCUUAAAAGUGGUCGACCAGUUGAGGCCGAAAGCUUUGACGAAGUAACUUUAUUCUUCAGUGACAUCGUCGGCUUUACAGCACUUUCAUCAGAAAGUACACCUCUGCAGGUAGAGUCACUGUUCUUCGGACAAAAAAAAGCUGGCAUAAAACUUUACCAUUAUUUAUAUCUGUACCUGAAACCAAGAAAAUACAUUUUGGUUUUUUAUUUGUCAGCUGCUAUUCAGUCAAGUAAUUACUCAGUUCCGAGUUUCGAACCGUGUUCAAGUUGCUUUAUGUUUUUCCUUAUAAUUUUGUUGUAAUAUUGUUUCUUUUUAAUCGUUUUUUGUCUCUUAACAGAUCGUCACCUUACUUAAUGAUCUUUACUCUACGUUUGAUGCUAUAAUUCAAGGUUAUGAUGUUUACAAGGUUUGCAGGUUCUUAUAUACACUUCACCUUCUUGUACAUGUCUAGAGUUGAAUUUCGAAUUUUCUUCAAAUUCAUGGUUACCAUGAGACCGGACAAAGAUUAUUUUCGAAAAGGCAUCGUGUACACUGAUAAACAGUUGCUUUCUUUUUCUUCGAAAUUAACCGCUGCUCGUAACGGAAGAGGCGCCAAAGGCUAAUCACAUCUCAGAGUGUCUGUAAAUUUAAGAUUUUUUUAUCAUUUUAUUUGGUGUUCAGGAGGGAAACCAAUAUUUUACUGCAUAGCUUAGGGCUGUGCGUUUAGAAAAUUAAGGGGAAAAUAAGAAUUUAAGGAAUAAGAACCCGCCCCUAGCCACGGGGAAUCACCCUCUCGCCGUAUGAAAGAGACAAAAUCGUAUUUACAGUAUCAACUAAUUUCUUCACCUUUUUCCUAGACCUUCUUUUUUAGCUUUGACAACUGAUCUCGGUCUUGGUUAAUGAACAAACACGGCUUUUUUGUCGUUUACAAAUCUAGGCUUCGUAAAACUGAUAGAAACCAUCUCAAUAUCAUGCUAUUUACGGUGUAAAUAACUUUUAAGUUUUUAAAAUAUCUCCUAGGUAGAGACCAUUGGCGAUGCGUAUAUGGUAGUGUCAGGUCUACCAGUCAGAAACGGCCACCAGCAUGCCUUGGAAAUAGCUGAUAUGGCGCUUCAUCUGUUGCAGUCAGUUCAACACUUUAAAAUACAGCACCGGCCUGACGAGAAGCUAAAGCUAAGAAUCGGCAUUCACAGUGGUAAGGACAGGACCAAAUUACUCACGGUUCAAUCGAUCUUCAUAAUUAAGCAACUCCAGGUUUUCCGUGAUUUUUCCGAUAUUUCGGGCUCGGAAGCAAAAAUGAAAAGAUCCUGGGGUUACUUUCACGAGGUUUUUCAGAGAGUGAAGGGAGAACUAUGGCUGGGAAAACUACAGCAGAAUUCAACCGUCUUUUUGUUCCCCUGAUGGAAAAAAAGCCAAAUUACUGUAGAUCAUCAUUAUCACAGGGUUCUAUGAUAAUGGACUAAGAAACUUAGUCCUUAGCAACCAUCGACUACAUAACCAAAAGCUUCCUUACAACGUUCUGCCCAUAUAUAAACGGCUCAACCCGUGAAUGGUGUUAAAUUCAAGUUUGAAAUUGGGAGGUAUUUUUCCAGAUAUUCCAGUUUUCCUCGGUCCUGGUAUAACAAUAUUUGCAAAUUCCAACCCGAUCUGAAAUAUUAAGCAAAGAAACACUUUCAUUGUCGACACAUGAUUAUACUAAAUCAUUAAUGUUAAUAUUAUUUAUUUUUACUGUUUAUGUCAUGCUGUCGAAUUGAAGGUCCCGUAUGUGCAGGAGUAGUUGGCUUAAAAAUGCCACGAUACUGUCUUUUUGGUGAUACAGUCAACACUGCCUCAAGAAUGGAAUCAAAUGGAGAGGGUCUGUGCUUACUUAAUAUUUAUUCUUAAAAACGUAUCAUUAAAUGAAUAAUAAACGUUUUAAAUAAUGUAAAGAUUAUUUUAACUAAAGUUCCAUUCACACCGAAGCUUAAUCACGGUUAAAGGCUGUUUACUUCAUUAAAGCUGCUUACUGAUGUAAGUUGAUAGCAGAUUUAGUGCAAAUUACAGAACAUUUUGAAUUUCCUUUGAAUCCUGUGUAUUAAAAAACCUGUGCCCGUUCCGGUUUUUCGUGUCUGUUUUUCAUUUUUUUAAAACCUGGUUUAUUUAAACAAUGUUUGGUUGGUGUGAAUGGGGCAUAAAUAAGCAAGCACACUUUUGUACCUGUAAUCUUGUUAUCCUUCGUGAACAGCUCUUAAGAUACAUAUCAGUGGAGCCACUAAAGAUUAUCUAGAGAAAAUUGGAGGAUAUGUGAUGGAGGAACGAGGAUCAAUUGCUAUCAAGGUGAGAAUGGCCUUUUUCUAUUUUUUCGCGGUUAGGAUACUGAUGAAUUUUAUAUAAUUAUUCUCUUUCUUGUCAGCUACUUGUAGAGUAUGACCUGUAAGACCGGGGGUUACUUAGUCGUGUAGGAUAUAACACAAAGAUUUAGCCAAGGCUAAAAGCGUAGCUCCAUUUGAUACAAUGAUACUGAUUAUUUUCUUCAAACAAUAAAUUUGGAAAAAUUACAAAGAAGGGAGGACCAAAUGCCUUUUGAAGUAGCAGUUCCGCGAGGGCUACUACUUCAUGUAUUACAAGGCGGUAUGUCAAAGGGUAUGGUUUUUGUCCCAAUUUGGUUUGAAAUUGGUUACAGUUCUCGGGUCAAAGAUGGGAUAUGUCUUACUGUAAUUUCUUGGGUGAAUCCAUAACGGCCAUGACAUAAGCAUAUUGAAGUACAAUCACGCCUAUGCUUUUUCUUCAUUGCUAGUGAGGACCAAGCUUAAAGGAAUCAAGAGUUCAGAAAUGUCUUGACUUCUUUGAUCAUAUGAUUUAUUCUAUUUAUUUUCCUUUAUAGGGUAAAGGAACACAAGUAACCUACUGGCUGCAAGCAAGACGUCCAUUUCCUCAAUUAUUAGAUGCCAACCAAGUUCACCAAACGGACUCCCAGUCAAGCAAAUUUUCCUCCUCGGCAAUAGAGGUGGAGCUGGAACACGAUAAAAACGCGACUGCAAAGAUAUGUCACAAAUACAACAACGAAGAUUCAGAAUAUGACUCGUACAUGAAGAAAAAUAAGAUUGAUCAGUUCAAAUAUGUAUAA